GGCAGGACUAAAGCUGCAUCAGGGAACAGCAGAAGAAGGACAGAUGUGUUUCCACUGAGAUAAGGAAAGUCUCUGCCAUGCAACAUGAUCUAUAAGGGAGAGGAUAGGGAUGGGCGGGCUUGCACUGCAGAAGACCUCUUACUGACUGGGUGAGAGACUCAGGGCUUUGUGUAAUGUGAGCCUGAAAAACUUCUGACAUGGCUGGAAGAUUUUGCUUGGUGUUUUUACAGAAAAUAUUUGCCUUGAUCUCAUCUAUGAUGUGUGCUUAUCCCAGUGAUCCUCAGCCGUUGCAGCACAGGACCUCCAGAGAGGCAGCAGCAAAUCCCUGGUUCCCAGUAGCCUGUCUAACCUGAUCCACAUGGGGAUGGAGAUAAACAUGGAGGAGGAGGAAGUCCCUCCCCAGCAGAGCCCUUACAUGCUGUUCCUGUUGGUCCUGGUUUUCUUUGUCACAGGACUCCUUGGCUUCCUUAUCUGCCAUGUUCUGAAGAAGAAAGGCUACCGCUGCCGCACAUUCCCAGAAGAGCUGGAUCCUGAGGCCAAGGAAGAGCUCAACGUAGACCUUGAAAAUGCAGAAGAGAUGUCAAAUGAAGACACGGUGGAACGUAUAGUGAAGUGCAUUAUCCAGAAUGAAGCAAACGCGGAAGCGCUUAAGCAGAUGUUGGGUGACACUGAAGGAGACGUGCCUAUUGUCCCCAGCUUGUGCCCACACCGUGAGAGCCAAGAUGCAGGUCCCCCUCAUCAUCACACCGUUCAUCUUGGUUCAACACAAGCACCGUGUAUCCAUUGCUCACGCAAGAAGAGGAGCCUGUUACACCGCAUGGGCCGCUCAAAGGAAGGCAAGGGAAAGUCACACCCUGGGGAGGUCACUGUCUUCUCUGUUGGAAGGUUUAGAGUCACUCAUAUUGGCAAAAAGCACAGUAUUCAAGGAUCACAAGAUGGUACAAAUGAAAGCCAGGAGCCAGUAUCGUCUGACAAAAACCAUGAGGAGCAGCCAAUGAUGAGGAAAUCUAGUACCGGCCUUGCCCAGCAGCAGGACCAAAACGUUCUUGGGAUGCAAGACUUGUCACAAAAUGGACCAGAUAUGGUGGGUUUAGCCAAACUGGAGGCUCAUAGUGAAUCAGAAGCCAAGAGUGUAGGCAACAGUAGCCUAAGGAGAUUAGAGGAACAAUUUCAAAGAUAUUCUCUAAAGAAGCAGGGAUCCAAAGAAAGGAGGAGCAGCGCCCCAGAGAAGACUGCAGCAGAGUGGGGGAAGGUGGGCAUCAUUGAAAGGGUGGAUGAGAAACAAAAAGAAACAAGCUCAGAAAAUGCAGAUGAACAGAAAAUACUGAUGGCCAAGGACUGUGCACCUCAGGGACAAUGACACUUAAGCAGGCCAUGCCUUGUAGCGUCUCAGAGAGGAGAACCUUCCUACAACCGCUGGAACAUCAGCUGCAAGAACUGACACAACAAAGUGUGGUGUUCCUAUAUGCAAUGCAGGUGUGAUGAUAUUGCACAGAGAGAAUAUGAAUGGGCAGCUGUUUAUGUAUGGAUCUGUCACAUAACCUGCAUCCCUGGAACAUUACUGAACUUAUAACUUGUCCAUCCUUGUUGAACAUAACGUUAUAUCAUGAAUUGUGUGCCGUGCAUGAAGAAAAUUCUACUGUUGUCCCACUGAAUAUCCCAGCAUGGUUGUCUGUUGUCAAAAACGGCAAUUCCUGAGUUUUCGUUUUUUUUUUAAUUUUAGUCUUUUGUUGUAGAGUUUUAACGUGAUAUAACUGCCAUUGGGAGAAUGUCCCAAAUCAUAUUGAUGAUUCCUGUUUUAUAUAAUUUAACGAUAAAGAGACGAGCCACAUCCUCUACCAAAGGGCUCUUUUACACGGGCGGUUUUUCCUGCUUUGUGCUUUCUUCCAUUCAGCCGCAGGGGAGCGCAGGAGUAGACACACUCAAUCAUUGUGAAGGGGGCUGUACUCACACAGACACAUGAAUGCACCGAACGCAGGUAAAAUGCAACAUUCUGCGUCCCACCUGCGUUUGGCGCUUACAUGCGUCUUUGAUUGAGUGCGUCUACUCCUGCGAUCCACUGCGGCUGAACGGAAGAAAGCAAGCGCAGGAAAAAUCGCCCGUGUGUAAGAGCCCCGAAAGACACAGCUACCCCUGUCAUCCACGUUCAAUCAUUCCUGGGCUUUAAUAAAUGAAAGAAAUACAAAGAAAUGUCACUCGGAGUGCUUCAUUUUCCAAAGUCACCCGAAGUUUCAUUGUGAGGCAACUUUUGGAAAACGAAGUGCUAGAGUGCCAUCCUGGCUGCGAUUUAGUCGGCAGGAAGGCAGUCCAGAAAGAUUAGUCUCCCCAAGAAGACACCAGAAGGGUGAUUUAUUAAUACAGCCGAUCACACUAAAAUAUUUACAGUAUUUACAACAUUCAUUAAAGGUACAGUUAUGGAAUCAGUUAUCCGAAAACCCAUUAUCCAGAAAGCUCCAGGGGCGUAACUACCAGGGGAGCAGGGGGUGCAAAUGGGCCAGGACAGACGAGGGUGGGGACGGGCCCGUCUGCACGGGCCGCACCAGGGCCCGCCCCCAACAAGUUACGUUACUGGAAUGCUCUGAAUUACGGGAAGGCCGUCUCCCAUAGACUCCCAUUUUAAUGAAAUAAUUAAAAUUUAUAAAAAUGAUUUCCUUUUUCUCUGUAAUAAUAAAACAGUACCUUGUACUCAA